AUGCAAGGUGACGAAAAUCCGGCCAAUUCCGUGGCCAAUGCGCAAAACCGGGCUCUGUUUGCUCCCGGUGGUGGACCGGCUGGAGGAGGUGCUCCGCCAUACGCUGCUGCUGUGGCCCCAGUCGCGAUGCAGUCGACGUUCACAGUCGAGCCAUUUGAUCGCCAUAAGAUGAAAUGGUCCCGCUGGGUGGAGCGGCUGGAGGGUGCUUUUUUGCUGUUCGGAGUUGGUCCCCAGGCGAAGCUGCCGAUGCUGCUGCACUAUAUGGGAGCCGAAACUUACGAUGUAGUUUCGGACAAAAUUGCUCCGGAAAAACCGCAGACGAAGACCUACGACGAAGUGGUGCAGAUUCUCGAAACCCAUUUCAACCCGGAACCACUCGAGAUCUUGGAAAACUUCCGGUUCAAAUGUCGCAAGCAAGGCGAUGAACGUGCUGAGGAAUCGAUCGACGAUUAUCUCAUUGCUUUGAGAAAGUUGGCCAUAACCUGCAAUUUUGGCAACUAUCUCAAUACUGCGUUGCGGAAUCAGUUUGUUUUCGGGAUUAAUGAUCGGGGAAUUCAGGCGCGUCUGCUAGAGGUGCGCAAUCUUACGCUGGACCGUGCCCGUGAGAUUGCAGUGUCGAUGGAGGCAUCGGCCAAAGGUGGACAAGAGAUCCAUUCGCGUCAGGGAAAACCGGAGCUGAACCUCGUGGAGCAUCUGCCAAACAAGCACGCAAAACCGAAGGCGAACAAAAAGUGCGUCGUUCCUGCGAAGAAAGUGAGUGCAGAAGCACACAGUGAUAAGAAGAAGGGAGAGUGUUUUCGUUGCGGGAGCCCCGCUCACUUCGCAAAUAAGUGCCCGCACGUGAAGACGACGUGCAACUACUGCAAGGUGGCAGGCCACUUGCAAAAAGUUUGCCUGAAGAAGAUUGCGGCAGAGGGUACCCGAAGAAAAAGUGAUACACACCAGCUGGAUCAAAAUGCGGGGAAUGGAAACUGCGGAGGAAGUGUGCAUACGGAAGAGAUCUGCGGAGUGUAUGAUGCUGCUGAUUUCAACAAUAGCGUUGACAAGUUCUGGCUGGAGCUGUCAGUGAACAAUGCCACGGUGAAAUUUGAAGUUGACAGCGGCUCGCCAGUAUCGAUCAUGAGUGUGUCGGACCAGAGAAGAAUCUUUCCGACGGCUAAAUUGCAUCACCCGGACACUGCUUUGGUGAGCUACAGUGGGAACAUGAUCGAGCUGUGCGGAAUGUGUGUUGUGCGCGUGAAUUACGGUGGACAAAAUCACGAACUGUUGCUGUACGUGGCGAAGAACAAAAAGCAUCCACUGCUGGGUCGUGGGUGGAUGAAAGUGCUGAACAUUGAUGUGAACAAGUUUUACGAAAACGUCCACACGAUCGCGGUUGACAACAGUGCUGAAUCGGUGAAAAAGCUCAUUGAGCGAUACGGAAACGUCUGUGAGAAGUCGAUGGGUAAAAUCGAAGGGCUAACAGCCAAGCUGCAAUUGAAGCCAGAUGUGCGGCCGGUGUAUUUGCGUGCGCGACCGGUUCCGUUUUCCAUUCGGGAUGCGGUCGAAGAGGAGAUAAAAACCCUAGAGAAGAAUGGUGUGUUGGUGAAAGUGAACCACAGUGCGUGGGCGACACCGGUUGUCCCAGUGAUGAAAAUGAACAAUCGAGUGCGACUAUGCGGUGAUUAUAAGAUCACAGUGAAUCCUAAUCUCGUGGUCGAUGAACACCCCCUGCCCACCGUCGAGGAGCUGUUUGCUAAUGUGGCAGGUGGUGAGAAGUUUACGAAGAUUGAUCUCUCGCAAGCCUAUCUGCAGCUGGAGGUCAGUCCGGAGGAUCAGGAGGUCCUCACUUUGAGCACUCAUCUGGGACUGUACAGACCGACGAGGCUGAUGUACGGAGUCAGCUCCGCUCCGGCUGUCUGGCAACGCUUGAUGGAGGAAGUACUGAACGGGAUUCCAGGUGUAACGGUAUUUCUGGACGACAUUCGAGUAACGGGGCCUAACGACCAGGUCCACCUGCAGCGUCUCGAAGAAGUACUGAAGCGGCUCAGCCAAUACAACAUGCGGAUCAACCUGGACAAAUGUCAGUUCUUUGCUGAUCAAAUCGAAUACUGCGGCUACUUGAUCGAUCGCAACGGAAUCCAUAAGGUAAGAAAUAAGAUUGAUGCCAUUCAGAACAUGCCUGCGCCGACGACCAAAGAGCAAGUCCGCUCAUUUGUUGGGUUGGUCAAUUAUUACGGUCGCUUCUUCCCACAUUUGAGUACGACUAUAUACCCGUUGAACCGUCUACUGCGUAACAAUGUGGCUUUCCAUUGGACAAAGGAGUGCGAAGAAGCCUUUUCGAAGGUGAAGGACGAAAUGCAAUCCGACCGGUUCUUGGUACACUACAGUACGGAGUUACCAUUGGUGCUGGCGACCGAUGCGUCUCCAUACGGGGUCGGUGCAGUGCUUAGCCACAUUAUGCCGGACGGUACUGAGCGACCAAUCAUGUACGCGUCGAAGACACUGAACGAUACUCAGCGAAGGUACAAGCAAAUCGACCGUGAAGCUUAUGCGAUCAUCUUUGGAGUGCGGAAGUUCUACCAAUACUUGUAUGGACGGAAGUUUUGGCUCGUUACCGACAAUGAGCCGGUGAAGCAGAUAUUUUCGGAAACCAAGGGUUUGCCGGCAAUGUCGGCACUACGGAUGCAGCACUACGCGACGUUCCUCGCGUCGUUCCGCUACAUCAUCAAGUUUCGUCCAACGAAGGAGCAUUAG